AUGGAAAGGCACUGCCAACGCCUGAUGCUUGCCUUGGACUACAGCAGAAGACACAACCAGCAGCUGUACAGUGAGAUCCAACAACUGAAGCAGGAAAAGAAAGACCUGCAACAUCAACAGGGGAAAGAACAUGAGAAGAUGGACUGUGUGUUCAAAGCAGUGAAAGCAGAUCUGGAGCAGCACAGGCUAUCCAUACAGAUGUUGGCAUCAGACAAACCCAGUUUACAAUCUUCCCUGGCCCCCACACAGCAGGUGGCUAAUGAAAGCACCCUGGAGCAGGAGGCUCUCACCAGCCACCUGCAGGCCGCACAGCAGCGAGUGACAGAGCUCGAGCUCCAGUUGUCUGCGGUGUCCACCAUGCAGAAGGAGACUGAGAACAACAACAUAGAGCUCAUGAAAGCCCUGAACCUCGUGCAGCUGCAGCUCCAGCAAAAGGCCAGAAGCUAUGAAGAUCUGGAGGACAAGAACACCAAGCUGCAGGGGAGGCGGGAAGUGCUUCUGACACAGAAGGCUGACAUGAGGAUCCAAAUCCACAAGUGCCAAGAGGCACUGGUGGAGCGGGCAGAGUUGCAAAGACAACUAAACCACAUGAAAGAGUUGGUGACAGCUUUAAAGGUGGAGAGAGACACCUUUGCAGAGGAGCUGAGGGCGGAGGGCUCCGCAGGAAAGGAGAAGGUGCAGCAGCUCUCAGAGCAGGUGAGCCAGCUGAGAGAGGAGAAAGAGCUGGGGGUGAGGCAGGUGUGGGAGCUAAAGAACAACCUGGUGGAGCUGAGAGCACAGCUGGCAGAGCUGCAGCCCCCGCAGCCCCCCACAGGGCCGUCUGAAGCUGAGCAGCAGCUGCAGGCCCAGGCCCUGCAGUUGCAGAAGGAGCUCAAGAGCCUGGAGGAGCAACUGCACAUGCAGCUGGAGGAGAACCAGAGCCUAGGCCUCCAGAACCUGGAGCAGCGGCAAUGGCUGGGGGUCCUGGAGAAGAAGGCCGAGGAAUGGGACCAGCAUUCUGAGGCUCCGCUGAAGAUCGUCAAGAUGAUGGAGAAAGAACAGGAGACCAAGAGGCGCAACCAAGAGCUGAAAGAGGAGCUGGCCCAGCUGCAGGAUGCCCAUCAAGAGAAGACAAGCCUGCGGGAGAAGCUGGAGGAGCUGGAGGAGAAGGUGGUGUCAGAAGGCAAAGAGAUGCCUGAGCUGAAGAACCAAGCAGCUGAGGACCUGCAGGAGCUGCGUAACAAGUACUUGGCCCAGGUGCAGGAGGUCAUAGCCACCUGUGAACAGCACAGGGCCUCCCACCAGCAGCUGACUUCCGAGAAGGAGGCCCUGCAGCAGCACCUGCUGAAGCAGAGCCAUCUGCUGGAGCUGCUGAAUCAGGAGCAGGGGCGGCACAAGUUGCUUGCCCAGAUGGAAAGGGAGAAGUUCCAGGACACUCUGAAGUGUCUGGAAGCCACAAGACGUGAGAAUGCUCAGCUGCGGGCCCAGCUGAGCACCUUGGCCUUCUCAAGGGAAGGGGAAGGCCUAAGCAAAGAAGGAGACAAGGGUGAGGAGGUGACUCCCCCCGCUGGGACUGUCCCAGAGGACGUGGACAACCCACAAAGCAUGUGGGAUUUUUACAUGGAAGCACUGUCCAUUGCAGAAUGCAAGAAGGCCAGGCUCAGCCGGCAGCUUCAGGAGCAGCAGGCCCACUGUGGGUGUCUGAGCCAGCUGGCAGCCCAGUGCCAGAGAAAGCUGGAGAGCCAGGCUUCUUUCCCCAAGCGCUGGCUCCAUGGCCUGUUGGGCAGGAGGAAGCAGGAGAUACAGAUGCCUAAGAAGAACCUGCACAUCUCCUUCCCCGAAGACCUGGCUGACAAGGUAGAUGCCCAGAGUCCAGUGGAUGACCCAGAACAUCGCUGCCGCCAGCUGUCCCUACACUUAGCCGCCAUCGAAGAGACCAUCGUGUUGUACAAAGAACAGAUGGAUGUCCUGGAGAAGCUGUGUCAGGAGAAAGACGAGUGUGUCAGCCAGCUGUCGGAGGAGAAAAGGAGGAAGAUGAAGGAGCUGAAGCAGCUGCUGCUGGGCCUUGCAGGGGAGGGCACGGAGUGCCAGGACAACGUGCUUGCAGUCAGCCAAUGUCCCUGCUGCCAAGGUCCCCUCACACUUCUCGGGCCCCUGAAGAUGGAAGUUGUGCAGGAGCAGCAAGAGCAUGAAGCCAUGUAUCUUAACGAAAAGUUGGGGCCUGUCCCUGCAGAGGCUGGGGUGCCUGGGUCCCUGGAGAACCCCACUGUGGAGCCUCCUGUGCUGCUCCUACCUGCCAUCCAGCUCCACCAAGAGCCUGCAGGCUUGAGUCAGGAGCCCUGCCUCCCUUUCUUCUACAAGACUGGUAGAAAUGGUACUUUUGGAAUAUUUACUAUUUAA